AUGGUCGAUCUGGAGAGCGAAGUGCCCCCUCUGCCUCCCAGGUACAGGUUUCGGGAUUUGCUGCUAGGGGACCAAGGAUGGCAAAACGACGACAGGGUACAAGUUGAAUUCUAUAUGAAUGAAAACACAUUCAAAGAAAGACUUAAGUUAUUUUUCAUUAAAAACCAGAGAUCAAGUCUAAGAAUAAGGCUGUUCAAUUUUUCUCUCAAAUUAUUAAGCUGCUUAUUAUACAUAAUUCGAGUACUACUGGAAAACCCUUCACAAGGAAAUGAAUGGUCUCAUAUCUUCUGGGUGAACAGGAGUCUACCUUUAUGGGGCUUACAGGUUUCAGUGGCAUUGAUAAGUCUGUUUGAAACACUACUACUUGGUUAUCUCAGCUAUAAGGGAAACAUCUGGGAACAGAUUUUACGAAUACCCUUCAUCUUGGAAAUAAUUAAUGCGGUUCCCUUCAUUGUCUCAAUAUUCUGGCCUUCCUUAAGGAAUCUAUUUGUCCCAGUCUUUCUAAAUUGUUGGCUUGCCAAACAUGCCUUGGAAAAUAUGAUUAACGAUCUACACAGAGCCAUUCAGCGUACACAGUCUGCAAUGUUUAAUCAAGUUUUGAUUUUAAUAUCUACAUUACUAUGCCUUAUCUUCACCUGCAUUUGUGGAAUCCAGCAUCUGGAAAGAAUAGGAAAGAAGCUGAAUCUGUUUGACUCUCUUUAUUUCUGCAUUGUGACAUUUUCUACUGUGGGCUUUGGGGAUGUCACUCCUGAAACAUGGUCCUCCAAGCUUUUUGUGGUUGCUAUGAUCUGUGUUGCUCUUGUGGUUCUACCCAUACAGUUUGAACAGCUGGCCUAUUUGUGGAUGGAGAGACAAAAGUCAGGUGGAAACUACAGUCGACAUAGAGCUCAAACUGAAAAACAUGUUGUUCUGUGUGUCAGCUCACUGAAGAUUGAUUUACUUAUGGAUUUUUUAAAUGAAUUUUAUGCUCAUCCAAGACUACAGGAUUAUUAUGUGGUGAUUCUGUGCCCUACUGAAAUGGAUGUGCAAGUUCGAAGGGUACUACAGAUUCCAAUGUGGUCCCAAAGAGUUAUCUACCUUCAGGGUUCAGCCCUUAAAGAUCAGGAUCUAUUGAGAGCAAAGAUGGAUGAUGCUGAGGCCUGUUUUAUUCUGAGCAGUCGCUGUGAAGUAGAUAGGACGUCAUCUGAUCACCAAACAAUAUUGAGAGCAUGGGCUGUAAAAGAUUUUGCUCCAAAUUGCCCUUUAUAUGUCCAAAUAUUAAAGCCUGAAAAUAAAUUCCAUAUCAAAUUUGCUGAUCAUGUUGUUUGUGAAGAAGAGUUUAAAUACGCCAUGUUAGCUUUAAACUGUAUAUGCCCAGCAACAUCUACACUUAUUACACUACUGGUUCAUACCUCUAGAGGGCAAGAAGGCCAGCAAUCACCAGAACAGUGGCAGAAGAUGUAUGGUAGAUGCUCGGGGAACGAAGUCUAUCACAUCGUUUUGGAAGAAAGUACAUUUUUUGCUGAAUAUGAAGGAAAGAGUUUUACAUAUGCCUCUUUCCAUGCACACAAAAAGUUUGGUGUUUGCUUGAUUGGUGUUAGGAGAGAAGAUAAUAAAAACAUUUUGCUGAAUCCAGGUCCUCGAUAUAUUAUGAAUUCCACAGACAUAUGUUUUUAUAUUAAUAUUACCAAAGAAGAGAAUUCAGCAUUUAAAAACCAAGACCAGCAGAGAAAAAACAAUGUGUCACGGUCCUUUUAUCAUGGACCUUCCAGGUUACCUGUACAUAGCAUAAUUGCCAGCAUGGGUACCGUGGCUAUAGACUUGCAAGACACAAGCUGCAGGUCAGCAAGUGGCCCUACCCUGUCUCUUCCUGCAGAGGGAAGCAAAGAAGUGAGAAGACCUAGCAUUGCUCCUGUUUUAGAGGUUGCAGAUACAUCAUCAAUUCAAACAUGUGAUCUUCUAAGUGACCAAUCAGAAGAUGAAACUACACCAGAUGAAGAAAUUUCUUCAAACUUAGAGUAUGCUAAAGGCUACCCACCUUAUUCUCCAUAUAUAGGAAGUUCACCCACUUUUUGUCAUCUCCUUCAUGAAAAAGUGCCAUUUUGCUGCUUAAGACUAGACAAGAGUUGCCAGCAUAACUACUAUGAGGACGCAAAAGCCUAUGGAUUCAAAAAUAAACUAAUUAUAGUUGCAGCUGAAACAGCUGGAAAUGGACUGUAUAAUUUUAUUGUUCCUCUCAGGGCAUAUUAUAGACCAAAGAAAGAACUUAAUCCCAUAGUACUGCUAUUGGAUAACCCGCCAGAUAUGCAUUUUCUGGAUGCAAUCUGUUGGUUUCCAAUGGUUUACUACAUGGUGGGCUCUAUUGACAACCUAGAUGAUUUACUCAGGUGUGGAGUGACUUUUGCUGCCAACAUGGUGGUUGUGGACAAAGAAAGCACCAUGAGUGCUGAGGAAGACUACAUGGCAGACGCCAAAACAAUUGUGAACGUGCAGACUCUUUUCAGGUUGUUUUCCAGUCUCAGUAUUAUUACAGAGCUUACUCACCCAGCCAAUAUGAGAUUUAUGCAAUUCAGAGCCAAAGACUGUUAUUCUCUUGCUCUUUCAAAACUGGAAAAGAAAGAACGGGAGAGAGGUUCUAAUCUGGCCUUUAUGUUCCGUCUGCCUUUCGCUGCUGGGAGGGUGUUCAGCAUCAGCAUGUUGGACACUCUUCUGUAUCAGUCAUUUGUGAAGGAUUAUAUGAUUUCUAUCACCAGACUUCUGUUGGGACUGGACACUACACCAGGAUCGGGGUUUCUUUGCUCUAUGAAAAUCACUGAGGAUGACUUAUGGAUCAGAACUUAUGCUAGACUUUAUCAGAAGUUGUGUUCUUCUACUGGAGAUGUCCCCAUUGGAAUCUACAGGACUGAAUCUCAGAAACUCACUACAUCUGAGUCUCAAAUAUCUAUCAGUGUAGAAGAGUGGGAAGACACCAAAGACUCCAAAGAACCAGGGCACCACCGCAGCAACCACCGCAACUCGACCUCCAGCGACCAGUCGGACCACCCCUUGCUGCGGAGAAAGAGCAUGCAGUGGGCCCGAAGACUGAGCAGAAAAGGUCCAAAACACUCUGGUAAAACAGCUGAAAAAAUAACCCAGCAGCGACUGAACCUCUACAGGAGGUCAGAAAGACAAGAGCUUGCUGAACUUGUGAAAAAUAGAAUGAAACACUUGGGUCUUUCUACAGUGGGAUAUGAUGAAAUGAAUGACCAUCAAAGUACCCUCUCCUACAUCCUGAUUAACCCAUCUCCAGAUACCAGACUAGAGCUGAAUGAUGUUGUGUACUUAAUUCGUCCAGAUCCACUGGCAUACCUUCCAAACAGUGAACCCAGUCGGAAAAACAGCAUCUGCAACGCCACUGGCCAAGACUCUCGGGAGGAAACUCAGCUUUGA